CCUGGGGCUGGGCUGCAGGAGAGGGGAGUGGUGGUCUGUGCCAGGUUUAUCUUUGUAAAUGUGCUCUAAAUCUCUGGUUUUGACUAGGAAUGAGGAGCAAGCCUUGGACGUGCCAGGGAUGAUUCCAAGAUUUUGAAGAUGUGACCAGGGAAUGUGGGGAGAUGUGAGAACAAGGUGAGACGUUUUCAUGGAAUCCCAGAACAGUUCGGGUUGGAAGGGACCUCAAAGCUCAUCUCGUUCCACCCCCUGCCAUGGGCAGGGACAGCUUCCACUAGACCAGCUGUUUACUUAAAGAAAAGGGAAGGAACUUUCAGCCUGUCUUUUGCUCAAUCGUUUCCCUUUGCUGUGAGUAAACCCUCGGAAAUGGGCACGGAGCUGGAUGUCACAGCUGGGGCUGUUGGGGCAUCAGCGGCACAGCAGGAGAGGCUUGGAGAAGCUGCAAUUACCUGGAGACCUGGAAGUACUCGGCAAGACCUGCGCUGAGCCAUAGGAGUCCCACCAAGAAAACCUACCACCACCUUCAUCUUUGCUUCUACUGGCUGUAAAGGAGAAAGCAUGAAUCCUGCCCUGCCUUGGAUCAUUCCUCUUGGAUGUGUACUGCUCCUGACAAUGACAGCUGAAUGCUUUAUCCUGCCCAACUCAAGUCACCUGGAGAGCAUCCUGAGCAAAUAUCGGGAUGGGGAAGCUCACUCCAGAUCCAAGAGAGCCAUUUUAUUUUCAGACAGGCAGGAGAUACUGAUGCUUCACAAUAAACUGAGAGGCCAAGUGUACCCAGUGGCCUCUAAUAUGGAAUACAUGACCUGGGAUGAUGAGCUGGAAAGAUCAGCCCACGCCUGGGCUCAGCAGUGCAUCUGGGACCACGGGCCCAGUGACCUCAUCAGGUCCAUCGGGCAGAACUUGGCAGUUCACUGGGGCAGGUAUCGAUCCCCAGCUUUCCACGUCCAGUCUUGGUAUGAUGAAGUCAAAGAUUACACAUUCCCUCAUCCUCAUGAGUGCAACCCGUGGUGCCCAGACAAGUGCACAGGCGCUAUGUGCACACACUACACCCAGAUAGUCUGGGCCACGACCAACAAGAUUGGCUGUGCCGUGAACGUCUGCAAGCAGAUGAAUGUCUGGGGAGAAAUCUGGGAGAACGCUGUCUACCUGGUCUGCAACUACUCCCCCAAGGGCAACUGGAUUGGAGAAGCUCCCUACAAGACCGGCCGUCCCUGCUCUGAGUGCCCCCCGAGCUAUGGAGGAGGCUGCCAGCACAACCUCUGCUACAAAGAUUACCGUUAUGAAGAUCCCAUCAUGGGUGAGACAGAUGAGACUAAUGAAGUGGAAAUUCCACAGCUGGCAGAGCAAAAGCCAGUGAGGUUCUACCCUCCAGAAAGCAAGCCCAGCAAAUCCAUCAAGCCCAAGAAAAUCAUCCCAGAAUCCUACAUGACACAAGUCAUUACCUGUGAAACCAAGAUGAGAGACAAAUGCAGAGGCUCAACGUGCAACAGGUACUUGUGCCCAGCUGGCUGCUUGUACAGUAAGGGAAAGAUCUUUGGAACAUUUUAUUAUGAAAGUUCAUCAAGCAUUUGUCGUGCUGCCAUCCAUUAUGGCAUCCUGGAUAACAAAGGAGGACUGGUGGAUAUCACGAGGAAGGGGAGAACACCUGCUUUUGUGAAGUCCACCAGGAACGGCGUGGAGUCCUUUAGGAAAAGUAAACCUUCCAACGCGUUCAUGGUUUCCAAAGUCACAACACAGACACUGGACUGUUACACCACAGUAGCUGAGUUGUGCCACUUCAAAAAGCCAGCGAGCCACUGCCCCAGGAUUUAUUGUCCAGCCCACUGCAAGGACGAGCCGUCGUACUGGGCACCCGUGUUUGGCACCAACGUUUAUGCAGAUAGCUCCAGUAUCUGCAAAACUGCAGUGCAUGCAGGAGUCAUUUCAGAUGAAAGAGGUGGCUUUGUGGACGUGAUGCCUGUAGAAAAGAAGAAGAGUUACGUUGGCUCCUUAAAGAACGGCGUCCAGUCGGAGAGCUUGAAGAAUCCUUCAGAUGGCAACGCUUUCCGAAUUUUUGCCGUGAAGCAGUAAAUUCCUAGGGAAGGUGCAGGUUUCUUUGGGAGAGGGCUCUGUCGACCUCCAGGAGACGCGAAAGCUCCUCUGACGGCAUCAGCUCUGACCGUACCCUCCUUGCCGAUCUCUUUCAGGGAAUUCUAAAAGAAAAGGGACUCAUACCAAAAAAAAAAAAAAAAAAAAAAAAAAAAAAAAAGACAAAAAAAAAAAGACCCCCCAGGUUCUGACUCAGCUGUUCUGACUCAGCUGUUCUGACUCAGCUGUUCGCAUCUCAUCGCACCCGUGCAGCGUUGUAUCUUUUCGUCUCGUGUUUUCGUUUCUCUAGGGGCAUUCAGCAAGGACAAACUGUUCUAACUUCCAAUUUACGAGAGGUGUGCUACACAGAACGGCGGUGGCUCAAGGGACAGCAGGUGUAGGGAUCUCAGCCUGGCCCUGGAUGGCAUUUUUAGGGUGUGGAGCAUCUACUGUGGCGGGUGUGGGGACGUGCGUGGCCGAGCAGACUGAGAAGUGAGCAACCGUCCAGGCGCUGGACACUUUGAAACUGGUUUAGAAGUUGCAUUGCUUGGGGAGAGGAUGGGUUUUGAGAGAGUGGUUUUGUGUGGUUUCUGUGCAAAAGAAGAGAUAAUUUGGUCUUUUCCCAGUGAGGGGGCAUGCACCAGCACUGCUGUGUAAGGCGGCUGGGGCAUCAUGUUGAGUGACGGUGUCACGUUUGUGGGAGAGGACAUUCUUUGACAGCCAGACAUUGAGGUUUCUGGGGACUGGAGUGGGGGUGUAAAAUGGUGGCAGAGAACCUCGCUGCAGAAAAUGAGGCCACCAGGUAAUCAAAGGAGCAGGUUUAGUGUUUGCUGGUCAAACACUCACAGGUAUUUUGCAAGCCUGGCAACUUAUGAGAAGUCAGUGAAUCGAGGCUCCUGUGCUGGCACAUCUCAUCCUAUAUUCCAUGCCAUUUCAAGUACAGUUAAAUGCAGUGUAUUGUUUUAUACAGCAGUGCUGGUUGUUUUAUCUGUAGUAGUUAUAUAGUGAUAAAAUUAAUCUUAUUUCUGCUAGGAAUGGUUGCAUCCGUGGGAAGCACGUUCACUUUCCCUUUGUGAAGCCCCUUGUGGUGUGUGCAGUUCUGAGACUUCAAAGUUAUGGCAUAAAUUGGGGUAGAUUAAUUUUUCCUGUCCACUUUGUGAAGCCAGCAGAUCCCCACUGCCGGUGUAAAUGCUGUACCUGGGAGCACUGGCUGUGCAGGAUGGUGGGUUUUGCCAGACUCAUAGGUGUUGUAACUAUGUUAUUUUGGAUUUUGGUAAUUAUGUCUUGACCUGCAGGCAAAUGCAUUUCAAAGCCAGGAGAAGGGCCUACCAUGACCUGCUCUUCUAAGGCAGAAGAAUAUUCUCUGCUUUAUAAUGGAAAUGAAUUUUUAGAGUUGGUCUAAACACAAAUCUGGUGGUGUUUUGGUGUCUACACAUGACUUCAUUAGUCAUGAGAAGACAAUGUCAACUGUAGUUCUUCCAUUCUUGUAAAUGCAGAGUUCUUCUACUCAAUAACUGAAUGAUAAUAUUGUGUAACAAAUGGGGAAAUAUUUCCCUCUAUUUGGCAUAUGUCUCAUAGCUGCUCUUACACUCUGAGUAUGUUUGAUUUAUUUUAGACAGAUACAAGAGCCAUCUCUUCCAGCUAUUUCAAAACACAGACCAAAAACAUUUAUAUGAUUAAGCACUUCUUUAAUUCAGUAAACACCAUGAAAUCAGCAAGGAAAUGACAUUUAAAUGGCAUUUAUCACUCAGUUUGUCUCACCAUUGGGGAUUAUUUCUCUGUAAAAUCUGAAUUUGGAAAGAGACCUUUUGCAAAACAUGAAAUUGGAGCUUCUUUGCAUCGUCUCCAAAAGUACUGCACAGAAAACCUACCUUUGGGGUGGAUAGAGAGAAGUGACUCUGUAUGUCGUCUCUGUUUAUGUAGUAUCUUCCUCUAAGAUGUACAGUAUUCACUUUAGAUAGGAAAACUGAGCUAUUUUUUUUCUUACUGGGUAAAUUGAUGUUAAAAAAAACAGCUGGAACAUAUCUUAGAGAAGCUGCUGGUUGGAAGCAUUUGAGAUGUUGGCAGUGAGAUAAAGCUUCCCUGUUUCUGCCCGCUGUGAAUAACUGGGAUAGACACGGUCUGGUUCAAGCCCAUCCAAUGAAUCUGGGACCAUCACGGGCCAAAUGGCAGCCACGGGGCUGUUAAUUGAAUUGGAAAGAGUAAGAGAUGCAAUCAGGGUCAUGGGGACUGCAAGAGCACAUAAAACACCUUGUAGGAUCCCACCUCCCUGAUAAUCACGGAGGGAAGGUGAUGGAAAGAAAUGUGAGGGCUCUUGGAGUAAAGCCCAGGGGAUUAUUGUGAGCACAUAAAAAUCCAAACAGCUUGGGAUGUAUCUACCUGAUGGAAAGGGGACAAGGGGAGGGUUAUUAUUCCAACAGAAGUGUCCAAAAACGCUUAAUUCAAGUAACAAUUGCGUAUUUUUAUCUUCAGCCAACUGGUUUGGAUUUUUUAGAAACCGAUGUUAAUUUAAGUCUGUAUCUGUUUAUUUUUAUAUUUGUUGUACAAAAGAGAAAUUGUGACUUUACCACACAAAUAUUAUUCGAGGUCCUGGGUGCUACUCAUUUAAACAUACCUCCACCAGAAUUAGGUGUGAUCAGGUCCUCCGAGGCGGUCACGAUAUAUCGAUGACUUGCAAUCACGUGUGCUAGCUGUUCACAAACAGGUGGGACGGUUUGUAGCCAGAUAUUUACUGAUUUUAUUUCUGAUGCCAAAACAUGCCUCAGCCUAAUAUAUUUCAGUGCAGCUUAAAGAUGCAUCAGGUCUUUGUCUCGCCAGAUUCCUCCUUAGCCCCCAGCUCAGCAGACCUGUGGGCAGGUGCCAGCUUGAAGCACCCACGUUGGGUCUUGAAGCGAAGCUGAGGCUGCCUGGUUGUACUUUGCUGAUACAUUGAUUUUUUUUUUUUUGAAGGCAAGCAAACCUCCAGAAAACCAGGGCAAAAGCUGAAGCUGUGGCUGGUGAGCUGGGGGAGGGGCGGGGGUGUCUGUUGGCUCCAUUAAUUUCUCCAUUUUUAAGACACUCAGCCAACAGCCGAUUGAGGAGGCUCCAGUUGGUCAGUUGUGCAGUCUAAAUAUUUAGGGCCAGUUCAUAGAGUUGCUUCUUUUUUUUUUUUUUCUUUUUUUCUAUGAAAAAUGAUGUAUUUUACUUCCUAUGUAUAAAAGUUACUUGUAAAUUUUCGUGUGCCUUUGCAUGUUUUCCAAGGGGCCGUGUGGUUGUUUAUAAACUAGAUUUUUUUUUUUUUUCUAAAUACAGAAUUGUAAAAUAUCUUUUUCCCCCCCUUCCAUUUUAUUUUGAUUUCUGAAUUAUUUGUGAAAUAAAACCUUCCCAGAAUGAA